CAUAUUAGAUUUAAAGAAACACCAUUCCGCCUAAUGGAUAAUAAAGACUCGGUAAGACAUCCUUUCGGAAAGGGGCCGUGUUGUGUUGGAUCUUGUUUGAAUUUGAGUUAGACUGUUGGUUAUAUUUUUGUGUACAUGAACAGACAGCUUCCUGAAACACUACUCCUUUAACCCCAUUUCCACUGGGUAUUGCUCAGUUCCUUCAGAUCUCAAAGACCUAAACUAAACCCUCCUUCAUGAUCCUAUGCGAUUCACACAUUCUGACCUUCAUAAUCGGCAUUUAUGAAAGGGCUGUAGAUGGUCCUGACGGAUCAAGAGCAGUGCCUCUGUCUGUGUGGAGGGGGUAAGAUAACAGAUGAGUGAGGUGAUGUUUAUGGGUUGUGCCAGUGGGAGUAAGCAGGACUAUUUCAGGCUUCCAGAAGGGAUGGUCUCAGCAGAGGACAGGUGGGAUGGCAGAGAAAGCUUUCCAUCUCUAUUGUAUACUAUAGUCACAGCUGCAUAUCCAUCAAAUGACUCAUUCGGGCCAAUGUCAACAUUCCAACUUUUCAGAAAUGUUAGAUACGGAAACUAUUUUAAAACACGUACAUCAUCACACAAAUGUCAACAACAGCUAUAUGGGAAGCUACACAAAGGGGGGUCUGCAGACCACAGGGUCCAUGAAGUAUAGUUACAAUGGUGGAAAAUUCACAACCAACAAUUGUGUAUUAUUAUAUUUAUUAUGCUCUUAUCAUUUUUAUAUUAGCCUCUUUGACUGGUCACUUGAAUGGGUUUAAUCCAAACCUCAUUAACUCAAAAUCAUGUAGCCCUAUUAUUAAUUUGAACUUUAAUCUAGUGACAAUAUUAAUAGAAACUCUGUGAGUGGAUAGUUUAGAAACGUAGAGCUCUUUGUCACCAAUAGGAACACCAUUUCAGCAGGAACACCACAUUAGUGUUUACACUCCAACAUGUCUGACCCAUCAACCCACAGUCGGAACAGUCUUUAGCGCUAAACACUAAUCAUGUUUCUUCUGUUUAAUCACAAAGGUAUUUUUGAGAAAGUGCAAGAAUGUCGACUAAACUUGAGGUGUGACAUUGUGAUCGAUAUAUAGAUUAAUGCACCAUUCUGUAUGAAGUGGGAUGGCUGAAAGUCCCAUUAUAAGUACAGAAGAAAAAAAAAACCCUGAAUAAUAAAAUGGACAAUACUUACUUGAGACAAUAUCUGUUAGAAACCGCUAGAAGCUAAUGCAAAGAGAUAUGUUCCUGUUUCAUCACUUAGGCUUUAAGACAUGUGUGAUAAAUGCGGUUUAAAGUUUUAAGUCACGGUACUAUAAAUGAACAGACAAGUAAACGCAAGUACAACAGUAUUCAUGAAAGGACGAGACAUGCCCUAACAAUCUGAUGCACUGGUAAACACAAAUGAUAAAAGGCUAAUGGCUUGUAAAGGUACAACAUAUCCACUCGAUCCAGACACAUAUGAGUGAAACAUUAUGUUUGAUAAAUGAUGAACACACACAUUACUUUAUGUAAACACAUUAAGAAUACUGUAGAGCUGAUCUGCUGAUUCAUUUCAGUAUAGUACACAAACGUCAAACCUGAAAAUGUCAAGAGAUGCUUCCCUGUAUCUAAAUCCCUGCUGCUGAAAUUCUUCUCUGUAUUGAUGUCAACAAAGGAAUUAAAUCUCUAUACUCUCCUCUUCCCAGACUCCUUUGGGGGAAUACCCUAACUUGGUUAGAACAUGUGGUGGUUUAAGUAUGAUAAAGCUUGUGGCAGUACAGAGUGUUUGGGGGUGGUUUGAAGUUGGGGUUAUGCAAGUAGGGAGUGGGGUAUUGGUGAGUACUGGGGGCAGGCGUGGUUUUGACUGGGUAUAUAUAUAUGUAACUGUGGGGAUAGUUUUUACUUACUCUCUAUAUUGGCUUCCUUGGUCCAAGAGCUUCUCUCUUUUGCCAGAGACUAACCAUGACUUUCUACAGGCACUCAGGCCCACGUAGUUAUACGAGCUCCAUCAUGACGGAGCGCUUCAACUGCUUCUACUGCAGAGAUGACCUGCAUGGCAAGAAGUACAUCCAGAAGGAUGAGAAGCAUGUGUGUGUGCGCUGCUUUGACAAGCUGUGCGCCAACACCUGUGCGGAAUGCCGUCGACCUAUCGGAGCUGAUGCGAAGGAGCUGACCCAUAAGAACCGGCAUUGGCACGAGGACUGCUUCCGCUGCGCCAAGUGCUACAAGCCGCUGGCCAAUGAGUCUUUCGCCACUAAAGACGAUGGCAAGAUCAUGUGUGGGAAGUGUGGUGCCCGUGAGGACUCACCCCGCUGCCAGGGCUGCUACAAAGUCAUCAUGCCUGGGUCUCAAAACGUGGAGUACAAGCAUAAAGUGUGGCAUGAGGAGUGCUUCAUCUGCUUUGAGUGCAAGCAGCCAAUCCGCUCGCAGAGUUUCCUGCCCAAGGGGGAUGAAUUCUACUGCAGCGCAUGCCAUGAGAAGAAGUUCGCUAAGAACUGUGCUCGCUGCAAGGAGCCCAUCACCUCUGGUGGGAUCAACUAUCAGGAUAAACCGUGGCACUCUGAAUGCUUCGCGUGCAACACCUGCAAGAAGCCGCUGGCUGGAGCUCGCUUCACUGCUCACGAGGACGACUUCUACUGUGUGGACUGCUACAAGACCUCUGUGGCCAAGAAGUGCUCUGGAUGUCAGAACCCCAUCACUGGUUUUGGCAGAGGGACUAAUGUCGUGAACUACGAGGACCACACUUGGCAUGAGUACUGCUUUAACUGUAAGAAGUGCUCUCUGUCCUUGGCACACAAGCGCUUCGUCCUGCAUGAAGCGAACAUCUACUGCCCCGACUGUGCCAAAAAGCUGUGAGACCACAGCCACUCUUUACAGAUUUCAUUUAAAGGAACAGUUUCCACUCUAUACUGGUGGCAACUGUAAUUCAUUAUUCGCAUUGCUCCUUUAAAUGGUGAUUUAUUAAGCAAACAAAUGGAUAAAAAGUAAUUAACGCAAAGACAAAAAGAAAGAAAAAGAAAAGCACUGACUGGCUGAGAGGAUGGUUUUAGUGAUGAGAGGCUUCACAUCACUAAAAACCCCCCCCCAAAA